AUUGCUAUAACGCCCUGAACGGUCUUUGGGGACCACAGCAACAUGUUUUUACGGCGCGGCUGUUUUUCUUAAUUACGACAGGGAGAACGGGAGAGUCUUAAUGAAUUCAUCAGUCGUAUGUGACAAUCCCUUCCUGACUGCCGUUACAAUGAAAUUCCCGCAACGAACUUCGAAGGGUCGACGAUGGUGCAAUGCCUUUUGGUUGGCAUUAGAGACGAUAAAGCUAGAGAGCGUCUGCUGGUAGAAAACGAGAAGAAACUCACUUGGGAAACAGCCUGCGCACUGGUUAGAAAAAGGGAAAGAGUUGCACAACAUGUAAGUAAUUAUCGAGGCGAUUCUCAUUCGGGUGCAGUCCAUGCGGCUAAAUCAGGACUAUCACUCACCAACAAGUAUUUCUUUACCUGCCAUCGAUGCGGUGAGAAGCAUGAAAAAGUUACUGAUUGCAGACACAGUCUACUUGUCACAAGUGCAGAAAGGAUGGGCAUAUUGCACGCGUAUGUCGUUCGACCGGGGUUCAACGACCGAUACCCCACCCCUCCCAGGGUACUGUUCGAACUGCGGAGAACGCUGACGAUCCCAUAUUUCAUCUAAUUUCGCACACA